GUCCGAUUCAUCUCCGAAGACGGUAUCUGUAUUCUUAUAAUCAAAGACGUAACCCGACAUUUCGACGGAACCGUCACGUGCCAGACCGUCAAGUACGGUGUACACGCGGUCUUUGAGACCACAGUUCGAGGCAGUCCGAAUCCUGAGGUGACGUGGUUCAUCAACGGACAGAAAAUGGACAAGGACACUCCUGGAGUGAAGAUUGAGAAUGUUGUCAUCCGCGAUUUUGACGGAUCAGUAAAACUUGAGCUACGAGGGAUCAAACUGGAAGAUGCUGGUGAAGUCCGUUGUCAAGCAACGAAUUCCGAAGGUUCGGCCAUUUCCACCGCUCAACUCGGAGUGAAUCGUAAACCGUUCCCACCCUCAUUCGACAAACAGCCAAAGAGUGUAACAAUCGAAAGAGGAUCCGAGGCGAGGUUCGAGGCACAUGCAGAUGGAAACCCUGCUCCUACCUACCAAUGGUCAAUUGAUGGGAGAAAGGUCCGCGAAAGUACUGAGGGAUGUCGUGUCGAGAUGGUCGACGGUAUGUCAGUGCUGAUCGUCGACACGUCUAUACAUUCAGCCUCGUCGACCAUCUCCGUGGUCGCCGAGAACAGUCUCGGAGCGGACGAGACCGGCGCUCGACUCACCGUUGAGGAGAGGAAGGCAGAGGAACAGCAGGUAGAAGUGUCUGAAAGCAAGACCUCUACCGAGACCAUCCAAGAGGGCAAAAUCGAGAUCUCACAGAUCGAAAUGGCUCCAUCGAAACCGGUCGUAACCGAGGAGACGAUGAAAGAGGAAUUCCAUCAGGACACAAAUAUUACUGUAGAGCCGACCGCUCAGGUCACCACCACUACCGAGCAGGUAUCUGAACAAAUGCAAGCGACCACAGAAACCGGCACCGAAGUGCUGGAGUCGCUUGGUAAAGUCGACGAGACGGUCAAGGAGGAAGCGACACAGCAGACCACCGAGGCAAAGCCGACCAUUGAGGGCGAGCAGGGCCGCUUCGAGGUCGUCAUCGAACAUGCCACAGACACCCGAUGGUAUCAUAAUGGCAAGGAAUUGAAGAUGAUGACCGAAGGAGUGAAGAUCUCUGAGGAGACCAAAUAUGUAUAUAAAUUAACGAUCGACUCAUCACAGUAUCCUACGGGUACGAUCUCCGUCAAAGCGACGAACGAAACCGGUUCAGUAGAGACCAAAUGCGAAAUGAAAGUCAUCGAAAAACCAGAACUCACAGAGAAGCUGAAAGAUAUUGAAGCGACGUUGGGCGAACCGAUUAAGGUUGAUGUCGCCGCUAAAGGCAGCCCACAGUUCAAAUGGAUGAUAAACGGACAAACGCUUGAGGAUGGCAAAGACGGAGUGCACAUUGCCACUGAUGGCGAUAGAAUCAACGGCUAUCCUGAACCAAAUGUCAAAUGGCUGAUCAACGAUAAAGUGGUCGAAGAAAGCAGCACGGUGAAGACGUGCCGAUUCGAAAGCGAAUAUUCGCUCCAGAUCACUGAAACCACUACCAGUUCUAGCGGUACAGUCAAAGUCACGGCAGAGAACGCUGUGGGCAGCGACUCAAGCACAGCUGAGCUUAAGGUUGAGCCGUCACUAGUACCACCGACCUUCAAGACUCAAUUCACUUCACAAACCGUCAAGGAGAACGAGCAGUUACAGCUUUCUGUGACUCUUGACAAUCCUCAGCCAAGCACUACGGUGAAGUGGUUCGUCGAAGGAAAGGAAAUGCAAUCGUCACCAGAUGUCAAGGUCACUGACGAUGGAAAUGGGACUUAUCAGCUAACCAUUGAACAUAUCAGAGAAGACCAAGCCGGAGCGGUGGUUGUGAGAGCUAUCAAUCCAGUAGGAGCAUGCGAAUGCUCUGGAAAGAUUGUUGUGGAGAAAGGAACCAGCAAGCCUGAAUUCACAAAGACACCUCAAAAUCAUGACGAUGUCUACAUCGAUGAGGACAGUGUCAAGUUCAGCGCUAUUGUGGUUGGCACACCCACUCCCAAGGUCACAUGGUAUCUCAAUGACAAGAAAAUUGAGAACAGCGAAGAAAUCAAGGUGAAAUACGAUGAGGAGACCGGAAAGACGUCAAUUCGCAUUUAUAAACCCCAAAUCGCUCAGAGCGGUACAGUCCGUGUUACUGCCGAGAACAGCGCUGGCAGUGUAGAGGCCAAGGCGACUUUGAAGGUCGACCGAAGAGCAGAAGUACCCAAGUUCACCACAAACAUGGACGAUCGCCAUGUCAAAGAAGUGAUUCAUGUUUCUUAUAGAAAUAUCACUGUAAGCGACGAUGGCGCCACUCACACCAUCGAAAUCAAAGAGAUCACACCGGAGCAAGCUGGUGAAAUUUCUUGCCAGGCAUCAAACAGCAGUGGUACGAAGAAACAAAACGUGCAGCUGAAUGUGAAGCGAGUAGGAGAUGCGCCAACAUUCUCCAAGAACCUAGAAGAUCGUCUUGUUACAGAAGGUGAAGUCACCAUAAUGGAGGCUAAACUCAAUGAGGUGAAACCGAAGCCGACAGUAACCUGGCUGCGCGAUGGCAAGGAAUUCACCAGUGACGACCACUUUGUGCUGAGCCGAGCCGAUGACGGCACGCUUCAGCUGAAAAUCAUCUCGACAGCUAUGGAAGACAAAUGCCGAAUUACCAUCAAAGCCGAGAACUACUUCGGAACUGCUGAAUGCGCUGCUUCACUGGGAGUGGUAAAGAAGCGUCCAAUGGCGAAGCCAGCCUUCCAAAGCGAUAUCGCACCGAUCAACCUUACCGAGGGUGACUCGCUACAGACCAAACUUCUCAUUACCGGCGAUCCGACGCCAUUCGUUAAGUGGUACAUCAACAAUCAGCUGGUUUGUGAGACAGAAGAUACUGAGAUCAAAAACGCCGACGGUGUUUAUUCGCUUACGAUUCAUGGUGUCACAGCUGAUAUGACAGGAAAGAUCAGAUGUGUCGCAUACAAUAAGAUGGGUGAAGUGUCAACAGAAGGUCCACUGAAAGUUGUGGCACCGAUUCCGGUGGAAUUCGAGACAUCGCUUUGUGAUGCGACAUGCCGCGAAGGUGAUACUCUCAAGUGA